UCGCUGUAAAAUGUAAUGAUUUACAUUAAGGACGCCAAGUUCCCACGGUGUGACUGUGUAAACAGAGUUGCAUCUCCACAACAGAUGGAGAAACAGCCUCUGCCAGCUGACAAUGACAGGUCCACUGAGUUCGAUGUCGAUGGCUAUGCUGGCGAAGAGAUCCAGCAGGCUGCUUCUGAGCCUGCAGCUCGAGCAGGAUGGAACAGUAAAAUAGAGUAUUUUUUGGCUCAGGUGGGAUUCAGCGUCGGGCUUGGCAAUGUCUGGAGGUUUCCAUAUUUGUGCCAUAAAAAUGGUGGAGGAGCCUUUCUUCUCCUGUAUGUGCUGCUGAUGCUGCUUGUGGGCAUUCCCUUGUUCUUCCUGGAGCUGGCAGCCGGUCAGGCCAUUCGACAGGGCAGUAUCGGAGUGUGGAAGUACAUCUCCCCAAGGCUCGUAGGGAUCGGCUACUCCAGCUGUGUGGUGUGUUUCUUUGUGGCUCUCUACUACAACGUGAUUCUUGCAUGGAGUCUUUUCUAUCUUGGAAACUCCUUCCAGUACCCUUUACCUUGGGAACAGUGUCCAGAACAGGGUAAUGUAACAGUGAAAGAAUGUGAAAAGAGCUCCUCCACAUCAUAUUUCUGGUACCGCAAAGCUUUGGAUAUCACAGACUCAAUAGAUGAAAUGGGCUCUUUCAACCCUUAUAUCGUCUGCUGUCUGCUGGCGGCCUGGACCAUCGUGUGCCUGGGAAUGUUCAAGGGAAUAAAGACCUCUGUAAAGGUGAUGUAUUUCUCCUCCAUAUUCCCCUAUGUGGUGCUGUUCUGCUUUCUAAUCCGAGGACUCCUGCUGGAUGGGGCCUAUGAGGGAAUCACCUACAUGUUCUACCCCAAGCUGGAGAUUUGGGGGGAUAUGCAGGUGUGGCGGCAGGCAGCCACACAGGUGUUCUUUGCCCUUGGUCUUGGCUUUGGAUCUAUUAUUGCAUACUCUUCCUAUAAUCCCAAGAACAACAACUGCCACCGUGAUGCCUACACUGUUUCUUUUAUAAACUUCCUCACAUCUGUACUGGCCACUCUGGUGGUGUUUGCUGUGCUCGGCUUUCGUGCCAAAGAGAAAGUCAUGGAAUGUGUAGUCAGCAAUGUGAGGGAGCUGUCAGAGCAGUUUCACAGCAAUAAUGUGGACAGACACCUGAUGCCAACCUUUAACUACUCUGAUCCCAGUUCUGUGGCUCUGGAGGACUACAGGGCCUGGUUUGACCAGCAUGGAAUAAAUAUCCCUGGCAAUUUAACAGACUGUGACCUGGAAAAAGAAAUGCAGAAGGGCGUGGAGGGCACUGGCCUGGCUUUUAUUGCCUUCACAGAGGCUAUGUCACUCCUCCCAGGCAGCCCAUUCUGGUCAGCGCUCUUUUUCCUUAUGCUGCUCAACUUGGGACUCAGCACCAUGUUUGGCAAUAUGGAGGGCAUCCUGGCCCCCCUCACUGACCGCUUCAAAACUCUGGCCAACAACAAGACCAAAUUCACAAUUUUCAGCUGUGUCCUUGGCUUCAUGAUUGGCCUGCUCUUCACCCAGCGCUGUGGGAACUACUUUGUGACAAUGUUUGAUGAUUACUCUGCCACUCUGCCCCUCAUCAUCGUGGUGGCUUUUGAGACCUUCAGUGUGUCCUGGUUAUAUGGAGCUGAUAGGUUCCUUGAUGACAUCGAGGCGAUGCUGGGCUGGCGUCCCAGUGUGCUUUACAAGUACCUGUGGAAAUACAUUUGCCUGCUUGCAAUGCUGGGGCUGCUGGGAGCCACUGCCAUUCGCAUGUUCAUGGAACGCCCCACUUAUCUGGCAUGGAACCAAGAGAAGGCCUCUGAGGAGAAUCUGGAGUACCCCGGCUGGGCUCUGGCUGUUCUAGCAUUACUGAUCAUAUUUGCCAUGAUACCCGUCCCACUGGCCUUGAUCCACUCUGUUCUGAAGGACAGGACAAAACGAACACACAGAAAUACAGAGACUGGUCGCUACAGCAUUAGUAGCACAGAUGACAAGUGUGAAACUCCCAUGACGGACAUAUCGGUACUGGACCAAAGGAGCAGGACCUGCGUUUCUUUUUCCUAAAUGUUGGGAUUGAAACGUUACACGCUGGGAAAUGGCCUGCAGUGCCCCGUCAGAUAUCCACAGGGCCAUUUUGAAGGACAUUUGAGCUAUCUGUUUCUUUUAAGUGCAGAUGUGACACAAAAUAGCAGUAUGGAACAAAAGCUUCCUCAUUUUAAUACUGAAAAGUAUUUUAUACUUAAAUGAAGUCCAGCCAUAUCCAAAGAAAAAUAUUUUUGAAAUUCCUACUAUUUGAACAAGUCCAUCUUUUAGAAAGUGUGUAAUACUGAACAAAUAAUUCGUCGUGUGGUACCUUCAAGGUAGAAUUUCCAGCAGCUGCUGAUUUUUAGUGUUUUGUAUAGAAUUUACCAUUUUUAUCUUUUUCAGCGUUGUAAAAACACUUAUGAAAUGGAUCUCAAGACGUUUCAAAGCCAGCAACUUUUUGGUCCAUUUGUUUUGUUAUGGCCCAAAUAUCUUUGCAUGAGGACCCUACAAAGCUCACGUGUAUUUUUUCAGUUCUUAAUUUAUCUUCAAUUAGAUUUUACAACAAACGAGACAGUUGUAGAUUUAGAUCAUCAGCUGUGAUCUGAGAUGAGUUAAACUGAAUUAAUGACAUCACUGUGUGGGUGUAUGUACAGCAGCACAGGCACAGAGUGUCUGGUCCAGUGCUGCACCUGUUACCGUCAGGUCAUUGUGGUCUGUUAAUGGAUAUAAAUCUGUGCCACUGUUUCGAUACAUAUCAGAACUGUACUCAAAAGUACAGUUGUACUGUUUUUUGAGAAACUGUUACACCAGGAAAGAGGUAAUUCAGUUCUGUUGACAUUAUGUGCAGCUAUUAAGGCACAGUGUUUUGUUAUUCACUACACAGAGGCCAACUUUGUUUACAGCUCAAAAAACACAACUGAGUCCUGAGUCACUGUGUUGGUUCUUCAGUUUUAUACCACACUUUGUAUGCGGUUGUAUUAUUAACUACACAACACGUGCAUGUUGGCCUGCUCUGUUCAAAUCAGUUUAAAAUCCAACAGCUGCUACGAGUGUUUGGCUUUAGGAUUUAUUUCACAGUGGUUUUCACUGUAUUGAUCAAAGACAUCAAAUUAGACUCUGAAAAUGUCAGUUUAUAUCAUCCUGUCCUGUCUGUUUCUAUGAUGUCAAGCUGUAACAAAACCAGUGUGUUGGGGGGGGAAACCAGCAGCAUCACCGUGUUGUGAAGCACAUGGCCUUGAGGACUGUUGGUCUACAGAUGGGAGUCUUUUUGUUUUGGUGUCUUUUGUUUUUGUUUUGCCUGAACUGGUUGCUGAAUGCAGGGUACAAACACCAAGGAAAAGACACACAAACACAUCUCUAAUGUUUCUGUAAAUUAUGUAUAGCACAUGUAAACAAACCUUUUCUUGGAUUUUCUGUUAUUUGUGCCUCAUAUGUCUGAAGCGUUUUCUUUUUUAAGUUUGGGUUUAGGAGUAAAUGAGGUGCACGGAUACAAAGGCAAAGUACUCCUUUACUUGACAUGUAUAACUUCAAAUCAUGUAAUUAAGGUGAUUUUAUAAAACUUUUUUAGACUGAAUCACUUGGUCAUCAUAGUGUUUAUGGUUUAGUAGCACAUUUUCUGUCAAACUGAAUUGACUUUAUGAACUUGAACACUGUUGAAUGUACGUGCCAUGUACAUGUAUUGUGUUGCCUUCAGGUUUAAUAAGGUUAAUGGAACUAAAUAUUAAGAUUGUUCCUGUAAAGAAACUUUUUUUUUUUUUUUUGGCAGAUUGUAUGUAGUUUGUAUAAAAUGAGUCUUUUGAGAAAAUGUAAUAAAUUGUCACUGCUAUGUAAUUUACUGCAGGUCACCGAUCUUCUAUUAAAUACUUUCAGCUCAGCUUAGGUUUGCAAAUGGACCUUCAGACUUUGCCUGAGAGUCUUGACUAUGUACAGUAGUUGCUAGAGUUUUCAAAAAGUUUUGAGGGUGUUUAGAAACUUCCUUUCUAGAAAGGGCACUACACAUUCAAAUAAAUGCAGUAGCGUUGUACUAAGGAAAUGCUUAAGAAAUGUCUUAUGUUGUAAACACUUCUCUGCUUGGGGACAGUCAAGUGUGUCAAGACUUGUCAAAAGUGUGUUGAAGUAGCUGACUUAUUGUAGCUUUUGCUUUCUAAACACCUUUGACUUGUACUCAUGGAACAGUACAUUUGGAGAAUGAAGAAUAAACUGAGACCACAAAUA